AUGCGUGGUUGCCCAGUCAUCGCCUUUCCGCCAGACAUGUUCUCGGGGCUGGUCAGGCUGCAGACCGUCUUUGCCGACAACUUUAAGUUGUGUUGUCCGGCUAUCCUACCCGCGGAUUUUAACGUCCAAAGCUGCCAGGCUCCCUCCGAUCAUCUCUCUUCCUGUGAUGCCCUCCUUCGCUCGCCCCUCUACCGAGUGUUUCUGGCAUCCUUCGCCGCGCUGGCCCUCGUGGGCAAUCUGUCUGCCCUAGCCUACCGACUGCUUCUUCGCAAGGAGAAGAACGAUCUUGGUUACGAUGUCUUCGUCACCAACCUGUGCGUAUCGGACUUCCUCAUGGGAGUGUACCUGUCGGUGGUGGGGGUGGCCGACCGUGUCUACAUGGGAGAGUAUUUCCGGCACGAGUCGGAUUGGAAGGAGGGUAUCGUCUGCAAAUUCGCCGGCUUCACCUCGUUCCUGUCAAGCGAGGUGUCGGCUCUGCUUGUCUGCCUCAUCACCCUCGACCGCGUCCUCGUGCUCCGUUUCCCGUUCAGCACUCUGAGGUUCCGGAAGCGAUCUGCGCAGAUCGCGUGCGCCGUGGCCUGGCUGGCAGGUGCUCUGCUGGCUCUCGUUCCCCUACUUCCGGUCACGUCUCACUGGCAGUUCUACGCCCGGACCGGCAUGUGCGUUCCGCUGCCCGUCACGCGGAAUAACUCCUCUGUCUACGACUACACCUUCCGUGUCCUGAUAGUCCUAAACUUCUUUCUCUUCUUCGCCAUUGCUGCCGGACAAGCCGCCAUCUUUUGGUCAGUUAGGAUCAACAGCAUGUCCGCUACAGACACCACCAAGAAGGGGACCGACCUGACUCUGGCACGAAGGCUCAUAACGAUCGCCAUAUUCGAUUUCGCGUGUUGGUUUCCGAUUGGUUUGAUGGGGUUCAUGACCUCCACUGGCGUACCGGUCGCCAGCGAUGUACAUGUGACCUUGGCUAUCUUUGUUCUUCCCCUCAAGCCUGCCCUCAACCCCUUUAUAUACACAAUAAAUGUUAUCAUGGAAAAGAGGAGGCAGGAAAAGGAAGAGCAGAGAAGAAAGAUUUUACUGGCUCAAGCCAAGAUCAGAGAUGCUACCACCCGACCUGCGCAACGAUGA